GUAGUACAUCGGAAACAGCGGAAGCGAACGCUUGUAGCUUAUCAUUUUGAGCUAUUUAUCGGAAAUCGGACCGUGAAGUAAGUUGUGCGGGGAAUCGUCGUGACGCACCGCAUGUGCACGCAAAAUGUGUUCUUAACUAAGGAAAGAAUAUUGAAAGUCGAUCUCUUUUGCAUCCUUCACUGAGCAAAAUGGUCUGUGAUAAUCGGAAUAAAAUGAAUAAAACGAAAGUAGAGCAAUUAUAUAUUAUGCGAAAUUAUUUGUGGUGGUCUGGAUGCUGGUGCGGGACUUUCUUCAAGUGAGAGUAAUAUGAUUUAACACGGAUUCCAAGAAAACAGACAUUUAAAGUGUGAUUUUAUGGUAGAAUCGAAAAUACCUUCGAGUGGUGUGUGCCUAUGUAUAACUAAAUACAGUAGUGAUAAUUGCCGGACAGCAAGUUCUCGGCGAUUUCCCUUGUACGUGUCGAUACUUCAAGGAUAGUGGAUUCUAAUGUGCCUUCAAGCUGCCGUAUAGUGUUGAGGUGAGAUGGAAUGCAAAGGACUUAGUUAGGCCCUUUAGGAUGUACUGUUUUCCGUCGUUACUCAACUGAUACAACGCUACAACCGAAACGCCUCGUGGAUUAGCCGUUUUCUCCGUUUUCAUUUGCUGGCUGCGCUGAACAUUCGAGACUAUGGACCUGCUGGAUAGGAUGGGCUGAAAGCGCAAACAGUUUUUAUUUCUGAUUCUGCAACACGUAUUAGUAGUUUCACUUCGGAUAGCGAUUGAAACCCCAUUCAAAAUGCCGACGGUUAUUUCCAAAUUCGCUAAGCAGUCCUUCGACAAGCUUGAGGAGCUGGGCUGCUCCCGUGAGCUGGUUUCGAAGGGCCUAGUGUCCACUGCGCUGCUGGCGUACUGUUUGAAAAUUUCCUAUCCCUACGUAAGGCAGCAGUUCGGCCAGACUGCGAAGCCAACGGUCGCACCAUGUGAUAACGGUUUGAGCAGAAACGAAAACAAUAACCUCACUAAGGUGCAACCAGAAGAUCCGGAAGAGAAGAUCGAGAAGAUAAUUAUCGAGAAGAAACGACGGCGGAAAAAGGUGCCUGGCCUUAACCUCGAGUUCAUACUGCAGCUGAGAAAGCUUAUUCGGAUUAUGAUCCCGAGUGUGCUGUGCGAGGAGACGGGUCUGCUGGCGGUGCACACCGUGUGCCUCGUGUCGCGAACCUUCCUCAGCAUUUAUGUUGCAGCGAUGGAGGGUGCCAUAGUGAAGUAUAUCGUGCGAAAGGAUGUGAAAAAUUUUGUGUUGAUGCUGCUCAAGUGGUUCGGCAUUGCAAUACCGGCAACAUUCGUCAACUCCAUGAUCCGGUAUCUGGAGAACAAGUUGGCUGUGGCUUUCAGAACUCGUCUGGUUAAUCAUGCCUACGAUUUGUACUUCAAGAACCAAACCUAUUACAAGGUGUCGAACCUUGACGGACGCAUCGAAAACGCUGAUCACCGCUUGACCGACGACGUUUCGACCUUUUCCAGCUCGGUCGCUCACCUGUACAGUUCCCUGACGAAACCAUGCUUCGAUCUGAUGCUGAUUGGAAUUGCUAUGGCACGUUCGUCACGGCAAAUGAAAGCGAACAUUGUAAUGGGACCGGCGCUGGUAAUGAGUGUGAUUGGCGCGACGGCACAUAUUCUGCGGGUGGUGUCACCCAAAUUCGGUCAGCUCGUAUCGGAAGAGGCUAACCGCAACGGCUAUCUACGCCACGUGCAUUCGAAGAUUAUCACGAACGCCGAGGAGAUCGCUUUUUAUGGCGGACACAAGGUGGAACACGCACAACUGCGAGAUGCGUACGCUCGCUUAGUAAACCAGAUGAAUACCAUCUUCACCCAGAAAUUGUGGUUCAUCAUGUUAGAGCAAUUUUUUAUGAAAUACGUCUGGUCUGGUACCGGAAUGGUUAUGGUUUCUUUACCGAUUUUAACAACCAGUGGUCUUCCAAAUGAUACGUCUAAAAGUAGUACAAUUAACUCAAAUUCUGAGUACGGCGUUAGUGAGCGAACUCAAUACUUUACGACUGCAAGGAAUUUACUGUUGAGUGGAGCGGAUGCAAUAGAACGUCUCAUGUCCUCUUACAAAGAAAUUGUUGCACUCGCUGGUUACACUAGUCGCGUAGCCGGAAUGUUCGAAGUUUUUGACGAGGUUUCUCGGGGAAUUUAUCGGAAAACAGUCGUUACUCCAGACCGGAACAUUGGUGGUAUUCUGGAAUUCAAGGAUGGCCAACCCAUAGCAAAAGGCGAAAUCAUCUGCAACGAGUUUGAGGGGGAGAUGACGAUAUCGUUGGAAAAUGUGCCUGUAGUGACACCAAACUGCGACAUCGUGGUUUCUAGUUUAACGUUGACCAUAAUGCCGGGAAUGCAUUUACUGAUAACGGGUCCUAACGGCUGUGGUAAAUCAAGCUUAUUCCGCAUCCUCAGCGGUCUGUGGCCAAUAUACGCUGGGACGUUGCGAUUGCCAAAACCCGCGAAAGGAAAACCUUGCAUGUUCUAUAUUCCUCAGCGUCCGUACAUGUCCUGCGGCAGCUUACGGGAUCAGAUCAUAUAUCCGGACACGCGGAAAGAAAUGACCAAGAAAAACAUCACAGAAUACCAGCUAAGGGAGAUUAUGAGAAUGGUUUCGUUGGAGCACAUAAUCGAUCGGGAUAGCUUCGACGAAAUUCGUGACUGGAAGGAUACCCUAUCUGGUGGUGAAAAACAACGGAUGGCGAUGGCGAGGCUGUUCUACCACAAGCCCCAAUAUGCCCUGCUGGAUGAAUGUACCAGCGCUGUAUCGAUCGAUGUCGAGAGUUCAAUCUACGAAACAGCGAAAUCCAUGGGAAUCACAUUAUUAACAAUUACCCACAGGCCAACAUUAUGGAAAUUCCACACUCACAUACUGGAGUUCGACGGCCAAGGUGGGUGGGUAUUCGAACAGCUUGCCAAGGAUGCUCAGCAAAUGGUUCCUAACUCUGGACGUCAGAGCAUAUAUCAGAAUCACAAACCCUUCACGGAAACUUCGGAGAUGGCGAGCACGACAGCUUCGGCUUGAUUUGAGUGACCACAGUGCUUGCUUCAAAUGAACCGUGUUGCAUGAUGGCCCAUCACAAAAAACAUCGAGAUUAUCCAACAUUACACACAAUCUGUGACAAUUUUAGCAAAAUUUCCUAGCCUUGUAGAUUAUUUUAGUACAAUGCAGGUGACAAGGUAGCCUAACUGCUGUAUAAUUAUGAGCCGACGAAAGAAGCGUUUCGGAAUUUGGAUUGGAAGUGAAUGAUAGGUUCAUCGGUGGAGGAAUCGCUUCAUUUAAUAGAGCGAACUAACGAAUUUAAACACUUUUGGUACCAACUGUGAACAAAUGUGAACAUAUCGCAGGUUAAUGGCUUCCGGCGCGGUAUGUUUUUGUUGAUGGAACGCAACGUAGUUGUUUGAAGGUAAAUGAUUUGUAAAGUUAUUGUAAAGUAGAAUUUUUACAAAAUGAUUUAAGAAUAAAGUCAGUGAGAAAGUAACGUUAGUUA